CGAAAAAUAGAGUAAAUACGCGAUUAACUAUAAAUCGUUAUGGAAACAACUGCAGAAAUUAAACAACGUUUGAGACAAUCAACGCGUGAUUGCACAGAACGUGGUUUGAUAUUCGCCUCGAUUUGGUCAGCAGAGAUGGCUUCUUGUAUAAAAACACCAAUAGAGAGUAAAUCAGCUAGUGGUUUCCUUACUUCAACUCCAGCGAGAUCUAACGUUGGCGAUACAUCAUUCAAUCCUCGUAACCUAUCAUUUGAUCCUGACGAAGACCUCAAUGAUGAGGACGAUGCAUACGAAUUGGCGAAAUCUUACUACAAUUCACGAGAAUUUGAGAGAUGCGCAAGUGUACUUUCAUCAUGCAAGAGUGAUAAAAGUGUAUUCUUGAAUCUAUACGCGCGUUAUUUGGAUAGCGAGCGACGCAUACAGGAAGCUACAGAACCUGUGAUGGGUCCAACUGAUACCCGGCGAGAAAACACAAAUGCAGAGAUACCACAAUUGUUGUCACACCUUAAGGAACCUAAAGAUGCAUUCUUACUGUAUUUGAAAGGAAUACUGCUCCACCGCUCAUCCAAGCGGAUAGAAGCUAUGGAUGUGCUCAUCAAGUCUCUCAACGCCUAUCCCUGGAAUUGGAGCGCCUGGUUGAUGUUAGGAGUUUGCAUACAAGAUAUUGAUGAUUUGAACACAGUAGAAGGUUAUCUCCCUCAAGGCGUGAUGUUGAGACUAUUUAGCGUACAUAUGCUCAUAGAAUUACAUGCCGUUACUGAAAAAUUACACAAUGCACUGGACGAGUUGGAUGAGAUCUUCCCAAAUUCUACCCACUGUCAGAGUCAACGUGCAUUUGUUUACUACAAUAUGCACCAAAUGGAAGAAGCCGAAACAGUCUUCGAUAAACUCUAUGAGCGCGAUCCACACCGCACUCAAGAUUUAGAUUUAUACAGUAACAUAAUUUAUGUCAUGGGCAAUCAAACAAAGUUAGCGGCACUAGCACAUGCCGUUGUUAAACACAACAGAAGUGAUCCACAAGUCUGUUGUUUAAUUGGAAACUACUUCAGUAUUAGAGGAGAACACGAAAAAGCGAUUAUGUACUUCAGAAGAGCGCUUCGAUUAGAUAGAGCAUAUCUCAGCGCAUGGACGCUUAUGGGACAUGAAUAUAUCGAGUUGAAGAACUCACAUGCAGCUGUCGAAGCCUACAGGCGGGCUAUUGAUGCGAAUGCAAAGGACUACAGAGCUUGGUAUGGUCUCGCGCAAGCUUAUGAGCUUCUCGGGAUGUAUAACUAUUCAUUAUACUUCUACCAAAGGGCUACAGCACUCAGACCAUAUGAUCAGCGUAUGUGGCACGCCCUCAGUAGUAAUUACGAAUACUUGAAGAGAUUUGAUGAUGCUAUUAAAUGUCAACAAAGAUAUAUGGAACUCACAACCGAAGGUGUUGAUCCAAAGAUGCACAUAAAGCUUUCUAAACUCUACAAAGAAGCGCACAAAGAACAAGAAAGUUCACUCGAGUUAAGAAAAGUCUAUGACAUGGUUGAAUCAAGUGGUGGAGAACUCAGAGUGACAGAUUUCAUAAACGUGUAUCGUGAACUCGCGAUAUGGGAACUCAAUCAGGGCAAUACCGCAUUGGCUCAGUCGUAUCUGAUGAAAGUUGUCGAAACGAAUGCGCCCGAACGUGAAGAAGCGAUGGCGAUAUUGCGUUCUAUACAGGUCAAAGAACUUGGUGGAAUGUAAAAUGUAAAAUAGUUAUGCAUAGUGAAAAGGUGUAAAA